AUGAAUUCACGCGAGCCAAAUAGCAUCAAUGUAUUAUUGGAUGAUAAGAUAAUUUGUUACUAUGACUCUCAAGAAUUUAAAAAUUUUGCUAAGAUUGGCUCUGGAGGAUUUUCUACAGUUCAUGUCGUAUAUUGGAAGAACACAACGAAAUUUGCGAUUAAAAAAUUUAAUGAAAGUUUAAGCUCUAUGAAAGAAAUCAUUAACGAAAUUAAUUUAAUGAUAAUAGCCUCUCAUCCAAAUAUAAUUCGAUUUUAUGGAGUUACGAAAUUAAAAGGUGAAUCGGAUGGAAUAAAUUAUUCAUUCGUUCUUGAAUACGCGGACGGGGGGACAUUGGAAAAUCAUUUAAAAGACAAUACUAAAUCUUUAAUUAGAUGGGAAAUUCAAUUUAAGUUUGCCAAAGAAAUUACAGGUGCAAUUUUAUGGUUACAUGAUAAUAAAAUCAUACACGGAGAUCUUCAUCCAAAAAAUAUAUUAAUACAUCAAAAUACAAUAAAAUUAUCAGAUUUUGGAUGUUCGCGUUUGCGUCAACAAGGAAAAGAUUCUUAUUUACCUACUAAACCACGUGGAAUAAUACCUUACGUUGAUCCUAAAAUUCUUAAUAAUGUUAAGGGUUACGAUUUAAACGAAAAAUCAGAUAUAUAUAGUUUAGGAGUAAUAUUCUGGGAAUUAACUAGUUGUUCAUCACCUUUCAAUUAUGAAACAAGGAAUGAUAAUGCAUCUAUUAUAUUAAAAAUUCUUGAUGGUGAAAGGGAAAAACCUAUUCCAAACACAAACGAUAAAUUCGUUGCGCUUUACGAAGAAUGUUGGAGACAAGAACCAGAUGAAAGACCAGAUGUUCACAAAGUAAAUUCGGAACUUAAUAAAAUUAUUGAUUCUACUGAUCCUAAAGUCAACACAAGCUUAGCAAAUAAUUUUAAAAAUGAAAGUGAAACAACAGUAAUAUUAAGAAAUGAUAAUUCUGACUUACCAAAUUUGCCAAGUUGUGAUGAUUGUGACAUAAAUUCUGAUAAGUAUCAAAUAUGA